AUGGACGAGACGGUCGUCCGCCUAGCGGAGAAAGCCUGGUCCCUCUACACACCCCUCGACGGCUCGCAACGGCUUCUGCUCGCCAUCGCCGGCAUUCCCGGCAGCGGCAAGACUACGUUCGCCAGCCUCAUCGCGGCCGAGCUCAACAAGCGCCGCCGCACUUCAUUCCACGCCGACCACCCCAACUCCCCAACCUCUGGCUCCAAUGGCCAACCCGACCUCGCCUACGUCGUACCUCUAGACGGCUACCACUUGACCCGCGCCCAGCUCGCCGCGUUGCCCGAUUCGGAAGAAGCCAUCUUCCGCCGCGGCGCCGCCUUCACCUUCGACGGCGAAUCCUACCUAUCGCUCGUGCGCCGGCUCCGACAGCCCAUCGAGGCCACCACCACGACGAUCCACGCCCCGUCAUUCGACCACGAAGUCAAAGACCCCGUCGAGAACGACAUCCCCAUCCCACCGAGCGCGCGCAUCAUCAUCUUCGAAGGCUUGUACCUCGCGCUCUCGCGCCCGCCCUGGUCCGAGGCCGCGGAUCUCAUGGACGAAAUCUGGUUCAUGGACGUGCCGUUGCCGGUCGCCGAGGCCCGCGUCGCCAAGCGCAACUUCGCCGCCGGCCUGAGUCCUUCGUUGGACAAGGCCAUGGCGCGCACGCGUCAGAGCGACAUGCGCAAUGCCAGAGACGUGCUGGAGAAUCGCAUCAAUGGCAUUGCGGAGCUGGUGGGAAGUGUCGAGGACGAGGCGUGGAAGAGCCAGGCGGUCGAGAAUGUGGAGAAGGAGCAGCAGGCGAGGGAGGAUGAGGAGCGGGCGAAGGUCAAGAUGGUAAGUUGUGCGUUCCCUUGGGGGUAA